AUGCCGCCGCGCAAGACGGAAGCGGCGGAGGAGGCGAUGAAUUUUGAUUUCGAUGGCAUGCCCGUAAUCAUCAAUGUCAAGCCAGAGGAUCAGCUUGAGUUGACGGAAAAAGAGCUGGAGGAAGAGGUACAAGAAAACGAUUUUUUAUUUUUGAUGCACAUGCAUGUAUGCUUAUGCAUAGAAGUAGAAACAAGAACAUCAACGAAGGGACCGGACCGUGCUUAUUCGUGAAUCAUAUCACAUUUGCGACGAGGAGAAGCUGCUGGAGAGCAUAUUUAUUUGCGACGAGAAGAGACUACGACCGCACCACUUUCUUUCUUCAAAUCAAAUUUCAGGUUGAGCCACGGGUUCUGUACCCAAAUAACCCAAGGGCACCACACAACAUCACCCAGUACUCCUACAAGGAGCGGGCUUUCAAAAGGGAUGAUCAGGUAGGUCCCUUUGCUCUACAGGAGGAAAACGAAAUUUUUUUUUGCAGAAAUUUAUUCUGAUGACGCAAAGCUAUCAUGCACAGAUCACCACCAUACAUAGGUAAAAAUGCUAGCAAGCGUGAAUAAAAGUGAAAGCAAAAAUCCAAAUUCCAGGUCGACCAAAUGGUAAUGCACUUGGAGACCGAUGCCACAAUACUAAAGAAGGAGUCCCCAGAAGAGGGCAUGCAGCAAGAGAUCCUGAAGAGAAAAAAAGAAGAGCAAGAGAAGCGAGACGCACAGGAGGCCGUCGACGUCUCAAUACAAGAGUAUAAUUUUAGAUAUGUUUUGGCUCCGUGCCUGGCGGAAAAUGAAAAUUUGAUGAUUUGAUUUAUUCGUGUCGUUUUAAUUCGGUGCCGUACGACUCCUCCUGUUAGCGAUACUUACUGGAUUUUUCGCCCACUUCGGUGCUACCCCGAAACUGAAUUUUUAGUCAUUUCAACUCAUCACAGAUACGAGGGUGAAGAGGCGAAAAAGAACACAUUGAGAAACCAAUUUAACUUCUCCGAGCGGGCAUCACAAACCUACAACGAGGUGAUGCGAACAAGAACCAUAGGUACUGUGAUACAUAGGAUCUUGAAUUUAGUGCCUGUGAAGCUGUUUUGUGGACGUAUGAUAAAUUGCAGCAUAUGGAAUGAAAUUUUUGCAUUGCAACAAAAUGAGAUGAAGCAGAAUUAUCGUGACGAUGCAUGCAUACUCACAUUGAAACUUCACAACAGCGACCCAGCCACCAUUGUGCAAGAGCUUCGCAGAGUCGGUGACGCAGUUAUCAAAUGCAAAUAUGUCUGGGUCCGGAACAGUGAAACUUGUGGUGCGGGUCUUGCAUCCCUGGGAUAUUAUCUGUGUUGCAUGAGCAGCACAAGUGGAGCUUCCUUUGCGAUGCAAAAACGCAAUUUGUGAUGCCAUGUGUGCUAGACAUCAGCAGGCGUCUGAAAUAGAACUUGUCAUGCCUCGCUGCCAUUGCAAGCGCUUCUAUCAUACUCAAUUCAGCAUCACAGGUAUCCAGACCCAGACAUACUUGCAGUGCAUAACAGUGGAUCAUCUACGAUUCUUACAUGAAGGACAUCGAAGCCGCGGAGGCCGUAUGCAUCGCAAAAGUAUCGUACUCAUAUAAAGUUAUUGCAGUCAUGCAUGACAGUAUAUAACGCUCUACCAUGUCCAGCAUGUUGACAAAUUGCACUUUUGUUCUUGGUAAAAUGUGUAAUGCAGUUUAUACAUAGUGCGAUACUGUUGCACUGCAUAGGCCGCAAAGCAGAGCGCAAAGGAGAAGAAGAGUGCAAAUUUGGACAUGGAGACCAAGAAGAAGCCCUCAGAAUCCGACCCAAUUUACUCCGAUGCCAUGAAAUUAAGUACAAAUAGAAAAUAAACCUUUUGUUUCGAUGUGUUUCAUGACAUUUUGUUUCAGAUGUUGAUUAUACAAAUCUUUUCUUAUCUUCCUGCGACCGCGCGUGAUGGUUUGAUAUUUUCUUGAAACCACGCAGUAGUCUUCUACAACCGGAUGAACACAAAAAAAAUAGGUAUCAAGCUCAUGGAGCGCAUGGUAAACCAGAACGCCGAGGCGGAAAUCUACCACGAUUUCAAGUUCUGGGAAGACAAGUCGGACGAAUUCCGACCAGACGGUGAGGGAACCCUGUUGCCAUUGUGGAGGUUCACCUCAGAGAAGGUCAAGAGAAAACAGGUAAGCACUACGACGAGGAUGGUUUUACUUGAAUGAAGCGUGCAGAUGAUGAAGAAAAAAUGCAUGAUUCGGAAGAUUCCGCACGUGAAAUAAGUAAUUCCUGCUUCAUUUUGGGUACUUAGACACCAAAAUGAACUUAAACCUCCCAGGUUACCGCGAUCCGGUGGAACCCAAAGUACACGGACCUCUUCGCCGUCGGUUUCGGGUCCUACGACUUCAUGCGACAGGGCACGGGGUUAUCCUGAGUAAAAACGUACCCACACCAGAGUUGUAAUGCAAAUCUGCAUGCUGAAAAUGUUAAUCAUGCGGAGCUCCAUGAGAAGCAUUUUCUAGCCGUGUUUUGCAAUUUGUCAUGCUCCAAUCAGCAUGGUAUGCUAGAUCUGUGAUGCUGCUGAGCUAGCUCAAACAGCACUACACUACGAGUCCAAAUUUGUGAUGCAAAACAGCCAAAACUUGUGGAUUUGUCUAGCCGAUUCCCCAUCUUGACUCUGGUGUGGGUACGUUUUUACUCAGGAUAGGGGUGCAUCUGCUGUUACAGCUUGAAAAACACGAAAUUCCCGGAAUUUAUCUUUAACACCGACAGCGGCGUGUGCAGUCUGGACUGGCACCCAUCAAGACCCGCACUGCUCGCCGUGGGCUUGUACGACGGGACCGUAUUAGUCUACGACGUCCGGGGAAAGACCAAGCGACCCAUCUACGCCUCAACGAUUAGGACCAACAAGCACAGCGACCCCGUUAUCAAAUGUAAAAAUGUCUGGGUCUGGAAGAGUCAUGCUGUUUUUGCAUGACACAGAGGGUCUGGCAUGGAGGCUCUAGCAUCACAGGUUUCGAGAACCUUCCGCAAUGCCGAAUCCGCAUGACAAGUCCCCUAUUUCGCUGGCAAAAAGUGGGAGCUUUUGCUACGUAUGCAUGAGAGACUUUUCUGUGUUCUGAAAUACGCAUUACAAGUUGCAUUCUUCCAGACCCAGACAUUUUUACAUUUGGUACCCGUGUGGGAGGUGCGAUGGAACGACGAUCCGAACGGAGCUAUCCUGAGUAAAAACAUACCCACACCAGAGUUGUAAUGCAGAUUUGCAAAGACAGGAAGACUUGGAAUGCGCAUCCCCAUGAGAGCCAUUUCCAAUCCUGUUUUGGAAUUUGUGAUGCUGUGAACAGGAUGAGCAGAUGAAUCUGUGAUGCGGCUGCGCUUGCUAACCUGCACUACACUGCAUAGCCCAACUUGUCAUGCGUGACUCCCAAAACUCCUAGGUUUGUGUUGCAAAGUCCCCAUCUUGACUCUGGUGUGGGUACGUUUUUCCUGAGGAUAGGAGCGGCGCUUUCCUUCUACAGUGUCAGCGCGGACGGCCGCGUCAGCAUCUGGCUGCUCAUGAAAGACAAGCUGGAGAGCGAAGAAUUGAUGGCACUCAAGCUGCACUCAGGUACAAAAACAAAGACGUUGUCGGUAAAUUCAGAAUCAGAUGCGGAUGAAUUCUUGUUCGUGCUGCCGUGUGUGUCUCUCUGCAGGUGAUGGUCGUGACGCGGCAUUUGCCGUCUGUAUUUUCUAUCAGCAAAUUUAAAACUCAACAUUGCUAUUGCAACACAAAUUUUCUCAGGUGAGGAAGAGGACACCGGUCUCACGGGCUUGGCAGGCGGGCUUUGCUUCGAUUUCCACAAGACAAACGAGGACUUGUUCCUGAUCGGAACAGAGGAGGGAAGGAUCCACAAGUGCUCAAAAUCAUACAGCGGUAUCAUUAUGUUUAGUUGCUGUUUAGGAUAAGGUGUUUUAGUUUUUGCACGACUUGCAUAUAGGCAUUUCAACAACAACAUCGAGAGAAUGCGUAAACGUAAUGAAGAUUUGUGAGGACCGCAACCGCAAGGAGGACACGAUGAAGUCCAAAUUGCCCCCUCUAUGCUUGGUACUAAGAAAUAAAUCAACUGAAAAAUUCAUCACAUCUCUCAGGUCAAUACCUGGACACCUACGAGGGUCACAGCAUGGCCGUCUACGCCGUAAGAUGGAACCACUUCCACCCGAACAUUUUUAUCUCUUCCUCAGCCGACUGGACCGUGAAAAUGUGGGACCACACGACGAAGACACCCAUCAUGUCCUUCGAUCUAGCACAACAGGUCGGCGACGUCGCCUGGGCACCAUACAGCAGUAUUAAUUGAUUUCUUGUGCAGCUGCAAUCAUGGAAAAAUGGUGUAAGAUUCAUCAAGUUCUUGGCUGUAUCUUUAUCGUCCAUCUGGUAUUUGACAAGAAUCCCAUUUUGAAGCACAACUUUUACGAAAUGGAAAUACUUAUCUCCAGGUACGGUCUUCGCCGCCAUUACGGCUGAUGGCGUCACGCAUGUUUAUGACCUUAGCAUAAACCGCAACGGACCGCUGUGCUGGCAAAAGGUGGUCGCCAAGGCAAAGUGCACCCAUCUCGGCUUCAACGGGGAAAGUCCAAUCCUGAUUGUGGGUGACGAUAGGGGCGGUGUCACCAGUUUGAAGCUGUCUCCGAACCUGCGAGUAGAUAUAAUUGUGUUUUGAGUUUUACGUAUACGACUGUGCUAUACUAAGACAAGGUGCAUCUGCUUUUUGAGUUUGCAAUGUCCGUUUCGAAUGCAGCAGUAUAGAAGAAGCUCGAGAAGGUUGGGCAAGUAACGUAGGAACAGGAUGGAAAAAAUUUUGAAAAUUACACACAUCAGAAAUCCAUGACCGGCACGGGUACGGGCGAGGAGUAUGUUGCGGCAAAGACCGGACAGGCUCUGAUCGACCAGGAAAUUGAGGCCAUGGAGACACUGCUGGGUAUGGUUGUCGAAACCACGGAGCAGUAGGCGGAGCGCUUUAGAAUUUGUCGUGGAUAGUAGAACUAAAAUCAAAAAUUUUCUGAAUUCUUAUCACGCAGGAGAUUUCUGCACCUCCAUCUCCAAAUACAAGCUAUCAAAAACAAAAAAGCAGAAACUCGUACGAAAAAAGACCUAGAAUCGGCAGGCGGAGCAUGAACAUUAUGGAUAGCAAUACAGGAACAUCAGACAGGAGAAUACUAUCAAACCGUUUUCACUUUGACUUCACAGAUUGACUUUGACCUUGAAAACUAACAGAAAUAUUGCCAAAUUAACCUAUCGAGAAGAUGAAUAUUGCCAGAGAAAAACAAGAGGAAAAGAUGAACAAGACUCAAUACGGAAAAGAAAACAGUCGAAAAGAUUGCUGUAUGAUUCAGGAGCAGCAGGCUAGACAGAGCCAGUAGUUUUGACCAAUAGAAGCAAAAGUUUAGCGAAGAUCAUCUUCAGACAAUAUGACUAAUGCAAUGUUUUCAUUUUACAGAUUCACAGACACAGACGACAGUAUUGUCCGAAUUCUAUCAAAUAUGUCGAACCAGAGCGACCUGCAUGUCUUGUAGGGGUUCUGAGCGUACUAGCGCGCAGUCGAGUACGAGUGUGACUUGCAGGGACUGCGCCUCCUUGCCGUUAGGACUCAACAACCGACACAGAACUGAUAAAGUACCGAUAUGACAAAGUUUAGUAUGGAACAAAAUCUUCCAGACUUGAGCUAUUAUUAGGCUGGUGGUAGCAGGCUAGUCGUACUGACAAUUUUAGUGUCCUUAUGAUUCAAAUUUUACAAUAUCAAAAUCUUAGUUGCACAGUGUAAUGUCCUCUGAACGAGAGUUGUGAUAAUUUUCAGACACGGCUGGUUGAACAAAACUGGCAAAGAAAACCGAACAAACAAAUUGUAACUGUAAACUACG